CGCGAGCACUUGUCGAAGUGACAAUCAACUUAAGUUUAAGACUUAUAUGUGUGAAGUUCUCACGGUCACGAACUCCCUUGUUCAGGCAUAUCACCCUAGUACUACUUAGUGGUUCAACGGACUCGUCGACGGUUCGUCAAACGCGGCGGGAAGAGCCUCGGACAGGACGUACAAGCCUUUUAGUGCGUAAAGCUUUGCCUACUAUCGUUAAAUUACCUUACCUGUUUCUACUUCACGACUUUCCUGAAGAUUCAGAACUUGUUGCGGUCCUUCUACAGCAAAAUCAUGAGCUCAGAGGGUGUAUUACAGAUUACAAUACCAGACUUUGAUGAUGGUGACUUUCAAUCUACUCCCAUACCCUUCGGCAGGUCUGGAGGACAUGGCUUUGGUGCAUUCGGAAAUGCAGGUUCAGGCCCAGAUUCACCAACUACCAUGACACCUAUUGCACUUCCUGAACGUAGCGACCGAAGCUACUUUCAUAGUCGUGGCGAUUCUGCGGCAUCAGAGGAUUCUUUCAGUUCACAACCUGUUCGUCAGACUGGCAAGAGCUCACAUACGACCCAACCUUCCAUAACUGCAAGCUCUCCGUUUUCAAAAAAGCCAUCUUUUGCCUCCAUCAGAAACGCAUUCAAGAAGAACACCGAUGUACCGCCAUUACCUCCACUGGACUAUCAAGCGUAUCCCAUUCUCAAGAAUCCUUUUAACCGCUCGACUUCGUCCUUGCCUCAUUCCACUUUGACAUCUAAUAAGACAUUCAAUGCUACAAGUCCACCGCACCCUCGCCCUCCGACACCUGGAUCUAGCGAAUCACGUCCCCGCGCUCCAUCAAGGGCAAGAGGGCAUUCCACUGCAAGAUCUUAUCAUUCUCAAUCCGGGUCUAUAUUCCACAACUUGGACACAGGGAGUGAUCAUGGUCACGGCUUUUCUUCCUCCUCAUCUCCUCCUCCUGUUCCCCGUGUGCCCGAUACAUGUGGUGCUCAGAUGUUCAGUGGUGAUGGGCCCUCGAUAAUGGAGGAAGAUGACAAAAUGUCAUCGGGUCUUAAGACACCAUCCGAUUAUGCUCUGCAUGCAGUUUUUAUUCGGUUUGCUACUCUUGCGGAGGCAAAGAUGAAUGUAUUCCUUCGUGAAACGCUGGAUCACGAACCUUUGUUGUCGGACUUUAUAGGUCCCUCGCUGGAUCCCAAGUUCGAUGACCUGCUGAACUCUUUGGGAAAGAUAGCUCAGAAACAUCCAAGACCCGUCAUAGACUCAAUUAUGCGCUGGAGACGCAGUCAUAAUGAAAAUGUCAGCGCCGACAUACUCAAACAUCAUGCUAGCCAAUCGUCUUUAUGGACACGUGGUGCGAGAGUCCAGGAACCGUCUGCCUUACUGAAUGAACGAAAGUCGCUGGCGUCAAUAUAUAUAAUGUGUCGCGCUCUGAUUUCCGUUUUGUCCGUUUUAUCCAAAGACGCACUGGGUGAUACACUGGGAUUUACCUUGGAGGAAACAACGUUCGAGCAGUUCAAGAGACCGGAUUUGAAGCUCCUUGCACAGUCAGCUAAUCAUCGGCUGAAUGCUGAACUGUAUGCUACGCUGCUCGGACACUUGGCAAACGUUCGCUUUGUCAGUGUCACGGAUCGAUUUCUUGGCGAGCUCGAGCCUGUGGCCAAUGGUCAGGUGGCGAAAGACCUCGAUACGAAAUAUGAGCAUCUAGUAAAAGGGCUCCGUCACGUUCAGCUGAGAGUAUGGCCUCCGGAGGCAUUCGAGGAAGGGGCCGAGUUUCUGGAGUUAUUGGCCAAGUCUUUUGCAAAUGCGCAUGGUCUUCGGUUCAAGAUCGCUUUCGCUGAUACGUUGACUCGACUCUUGCACCCCAUUGGAAAGACGGCGCAGGCUGAAGUCAAUCACCCACAAUGGGAAAAAGCGAUCGAAAGGAUCUAUCCUCGGGCUAAGGAGAUGAUGAGUAAGCCGCGGUAUUGGCAUAUUGCUUACCCGUUGGCCGUCACCAGCCUUUGUGUUGCGCCUCACCAAUACUUUCUCCGCAACUGGACGGCUUGCUUUGAGUAUGGACUGUCGAAGAUGAAGGAAAAGAUCCAUCGGAUUCCUGUUUUGAAUGGAAUCGUUCGAUUGAUCUGGACAUACCUGUAUCGAUGCCAGGAGCCAUUAACGACGAGCACCACCAAGUUGGACUCCCUCCUCAAACAUAUAUUCCCUGCUGGACGGUCCUCAAUUUUCCAUCACGAGGAGCAUCUUGAGCCGUUCAUCUGCAUCGUGCAUUUUAUCUUGUCACGUUAUUUCGACUAUGGGUUGGGACUCUGCAUGGAUUUACUUCAGGAAGCCGUCGUGAAUUCCUCAUCCACAAGCAAUCUCAUGGGUAUUUUGACUCCUGAACGUGUCGCUGUAUCGGCCCAGGCUAUCCUCUUAACCUUGAACGCCUUUGAACGUGAGGAGUCAGCUCCUACAUGGCCGUCUAGUGUCGAUUUCACUGCUGUACCAUCUUGGGAUGAUUAUCCUUCAUCUUCUGACGCUCUUCCGGCUGCAGUGGUAUCCAGGCAUGGAGUUCAAGAGCUGCUUGACAGAUAUGGAGCUGUAAUUACCGCAAUCGCGCGGUCAGCGAGUCAGUCUGUGGGCCAGAUGUCUAUCUUUGAUGAACAGUGGUCGCUGUCGCGGUUUAACUCUAUCAAUGAAGAGUCCCACAACAUCAUCAUCUGUCGUCGUCCCGAAGGGUCCUUUGCCUACCCCAAUCAUCUUGUGUCGCAGAUAUCUAUGCUACAGACAUGUCUGCAAUCGUGGCCGCGCUGUUUGCACGCCUCUUUACCCCUCAUGGACGCUAUCAAUAUACUCGUCCGCAGUAUUAUACAUGUUGAGCCUCGGAUCGGAGAAGCGGCAGGAGCGGCGCUGAGGCGCUUUAUGGCUGACGGGCGGUAUGCGCCUGCAGUUUUGCGCCACUUUACGACCUUCCUAUUUGAUCCUGCCUAUGUUGGACGGGAGGGAACCGGUGCACGGCUUGUGCUCGAGAGUACUCGACUUCUGAACUUCUGGAUUAGCUUGGUGGAAGGUUGGGUCAAAGGUAUUCUGCAGAAACCCAAAGCGGACAUCACAGCUGGUGAGAGGGAGGCCGUUGCCCUUCAAGGGGACGGGAUCACUGCAGGAGCAUUGUUUCUGCUAUCGCAUGAAGCUUCUACUGUCCGUUGUGUAGGGGUUAAGCUCAUCCGCAUACUCGCACCAUUCAUUGCUCAUAUAGAUGUGGUCGAGGGCGCCCAUGCGGGUUCCUCGAUCCUUCUGAACGGGCUCCUCGAUUGUGAUGCUCGUGAGAAUGCUCAUUUCCAGGGCUUUGACGAGUUGUUAGACAGCUCGGAGCUGGACCGCUUGCAACAGUGGAGGCGGGCUGGGCGGAAGGACGUACUACUGAGGAUCGCCGAUAGCAACUAUGACAAGGACAAGAAAAUAUGGCGUUGUGUUUUCCCGAGCUUCAUCCAAGCCUCGUUCCAGCAACCGCUGAAAGUUGCAGUGGACUGCCGUGCCAUGAUUGAGGCUGCAGCAUCUCGCUAUCAUCCUUUAAUGUUGCACCUUGCCGGACUCUCGACUCUCAGCGGACGAUUGCCGUCCGGCGCUUCUAGGGCGCCAGGCUCUGCUGAUAAAGAGGGGUACAAGCAAGUCAAAGACAACAUGAACUUGAUCGAUCAAUGGUAUUUGUGGAUCAAAAUUCUGUGUGCUACGGCUACUGUAUGUGAUAGCCGUGGUGGUGCUCCCAUCCAAGCCGGUCGAGAACAUCCGCGAGCUUCUUCGGACGCUAUCUUCGAGCGCGAGCGAAUGUCAACUACACGCUGCCUCUUCAGGUACCUGACACCAUUCUUAGAUGUGGAAUAUGCCCCAUUCCGUGAUGCGGCUGUAAUCAGCAUCAGUUCUUUUCCUUCCAGUGGGUUCUCGCGGCUUUUGGAGGAUUUGAAUCACUUUGCUUUCCUGCAAUCCCAUGAUGACGCUCGGUCGAAAUCUGGAUCUCCUGGGUCAAUUGGACGUCCACGACGUCAGGCUCGUCUGCAUUCGGCUGUUGCUCGUAUUUACUUCCUCACCGCUCAUCAGCUGCAGCACCAACAAUCUUCUGCAAAGCAGGACGCAAUUUCAUAUGCGCUCAGAUUCAUUCGGAAUAUGCAAACCUUCCUCGUUGCCAUAGAGAAUCGUGACAACUACGCGCUCCAACGCCUACGCCGCUAUUUCUGCGGUUUGAUCGAACGGUUCUUCGAUAGUCUGGUGAAUCUCGCUGACUCGGAACAAUUCGUUUCAUCGUACACAUAUGCGACUCUUUACAGGCUUUGUGAAGAAUGGUGCCAGUAUGGUGUUCAGUCCGAAUCAACAAAGCAGCGAUACAUCCUCAUGCAAAGAGCUGCGGCUGCGGCUGUGAAUGACCCACAAGCCGAAUCAGACUCUGCUGAACGGUUCCAGCACGAGACUAAACUGCUCUCUAAUGCAGCUGUGUGCGCCCUCGCUUCCCUUUGUCAAAGGGCAUACUAUCAUUCUGAAUCCAUUGGUUCCUCAUCACCUACGGAUCGCCCUCAGGAACCUCCGAAACCUCUAGAAGCUGUACAGAUCUUGGACCGUCUUCAUCAUGUCUUUCAAUCUUCUUACCCUCAGGUCGUCAUAUGUGGAAGAAAAGCCCUUCGUUCCCUCAUCUCCUCCAGAAAAGCGGAUAAAACGUUGCUCGGCGAGGUCCUUCGACGCUCCUUCAUCGAUUCUAAUGACUCAUCGUCCAGCAGCUCUACCUUCUUCGAGGUUCUGUCCGAGGUCGCAUGCAACGUGGAUGUUGGCUCGUACACUUUCGCCCAAAUCAUAUGCUUGGGCUUGACCAACCUCUGUCACGCUGAUUCUGGAAUUCGACGGAAGUCUCUUAUGCUUCUCGAAGUCAUGCAUGAGCAUUCCUCUGGCGUCCUGUCUUUUGGCGAAUUUGAAGCUAUAGCUGCCAAUCCUUCAAGCAGCGUAUAUUUGCAUGUACAUCGACUAGUCACCGAACGUCUCUCCGGCGAACACCCCAAUCACGCUGAUGAUGUGGUUUCGGAGAUGAGUACCUUACUGAUGCGCAUGCCUCGUAGUGGAAACGAGAGGGUUGCCCUUCUAUUGCUGCAGAGCCUCGAGUCUUGGGUCCCAAAUAUACAACUCACACUUGACUCCGAUAGCGAAGCGCGUUUACAUCCAUCUUCAGCCAGCAGCCGCAUCCUGUACCAUCUCCUCACCCUCACAAAACGAUAUAGUGAAAGUCACUUUGAACAAGUUGCCGCAAUAUGGACGCGAUUCGCAGACCACCCCAACGAAACCUACGGAGCAGCCACCGUAACCUUCCUCAUCAAUCAAGCUCUCAAGGUAGCUACCUCCGCAUUCAUCGAUUGCGCCUCCACCAUCAUAGCAUGUCUUUCGCGCUCUGCUGCGGCGCUGCAAGUUUACGAGCUUCUUUGCUACUACUGCGAGCCAGAACGCAUGGUGCCCUCCCUUGAUCACCAGCUGAAGGAGCCUCCCGGCGCCGAAGAUUUCGAACUGUGGUCUGAUUUGAAUGCUCAGUUCGCGGAAGAGCAGCCAAAGAUACUACUGGGACCGGCGCAGUAUGCGCUGAUCUUACUGGGGUCUGCUGCAAUGGAAGGACAGUGGACGCAUGUCACUUCUAUACCGGUCAUUCUGCAAGCAAUCUUUCCCAAUCUUGACCAUCGUGUCCCCCUUAUGAGGAUCAGGGCGCGUGGGAUGCUCUUCCAGCUCUUGCGUGUUUGUAUUCCAGGUCUUGCACAGUCCAAUUGCUCUGCGUUAGUAGCGCAAAUCAGCGCCUUGGAGGACCAAGGAGAUUCUAUAUUUUGGAAGGAUGAUGACGACAGCGAUAUCGUGGAAACUCGAAUGAGUGCGCUCUUCUCUCAGGUGCUUCCUAUGCUGCAGCCUCUUGUUCCAGCCCUGGAACAGACUGUAGGCAAACUGGCACUGGCCUACGUGGAGCUUUGCAACAUGCGGAGUCUCGCGCUUCGUUCUUUACAGGUGCUCCGCGUAUUGAAUCUGCCUUUGAGUCAUGCCGCGCUGGAUCAGUUGCUGAGUCGUUUAUCUGUUUCCAUAGCAGACGUGGAUCCAGAAAGACAGGCUUUUUCGGCGGAAGUCAUCUGCACCAUCACCCAUAUGGCUACACUACACGAGCUCGACGAUACGCUGCUUCCUCGUCUUUUUUGGACCGCACAUGCAGUAAUGUCAACCAGUUCAGAAACUGAGUACAUACAAGCCGUCAGACUGUUGUCUGCAUUCCUCGAUCGGGUUGACUUAGAUGACCCCCAUAUCGUUACCCUCAUAGUUGCCCAGCGCCCGCGAGAUUGGAAUGGGUCCAUCGGAUUGCAGCAAGCUCUUUGGAGCGGGCUGCACUCUUCCCAAACCUGGCUUCGAGACCUGUUUACUCUGUCCCUACCUUGGUGCAUGCACGCCAUGUCGACUGACCAGCAUAACGAGGCUCUGAACGACUUCUGUUCUUCAAUCGCGGACUUGGCUGAUGAAGAUGGUCUGGAGAGUAUCAAUCGGAUCAUGGUCUCUUUUGUCAAGCGUCGCUUCAGGACCAAAGAUGACUUCCUUCGUCAGUCCAUUAGCAGUCUACGUGACCACUACCCUCCCGAUGACUGGACCGACAUCGCUACUCUAUUGUUGAGCUUAGUGCUCAACAAAGAGAGAUGGCUCCAAGUGUACUCAAUGCACGUCCUUAAAGUCUUAUUCCAGCAACGCGCUUUGCAGUCGUUGGGCACGGAGCAUCUCAUGCCCUUAUUGCGGUUGGUGGAAGGAGAGUUGGCGACGCAAGCUCUUGAUGUAUUGGAGGAGCCGACGAAGAUCACUGGAGGACUCACAGCCAAACAGGUCCUUCGCAUGAGCAUGCACGUUUCAACGCUUACGGGUGCGGGUGCGAGUGAGGGCGAGACAGAUAUCUUUGGUGUUCCGGAAGAGUCUGGUUGGUGCAUUGCACGCGUAUCGCGUCGACAAAUCCAAUGUCGCGCCAACGUCCUUGCGGUUGCGCUUAUGUUCACGACAUCAUCACGCAUAUCUACGGUGUACUUCCAGCCAGAGGUACAAGAGCCCCUGUUCGCUGAUGAGCUCGAUGAAGACUUGGGAGUCCUGGUUCAGGACCUGCACGAGCUCAGCGAGUUCUUCCAGAAGACGAAGCCUCAGACGCAACUCCUACCGAGUCAGCAGCUGGAAGAUAGAGUCGCCUCCAUUCUGGCUAGAUCUACACACGACUCCAACGACAUGCCUCAGACUCCAUUCGGGGACGUAUUCCAGAUCGGUGGAUCACGCGACCUUUCGGACGACUCCACGGACGAGUCUGAUCCUGAGUCUGAGGUAGACGCAUUCAAGUACGACUCUCCAGCGUUUUAUCAUUCCGCUCCCAAUGGCAAGGGCUUGUAUUAACUUAUCUUCAUCACGCUUUGCUUGUUAUCGAUGCAUUAUAGAAUUAUUGUAGUCUACAUACAUCAUAGCAGCUCUAGAGUCAUGCGCCAGCAUUCACGGAUAGAAAUUGCAGUAUGAUAUGAAGUCUAA